ACCAUUAACCAUCACGAGGCGUAAAACCACAUAGAGGCAUGCUGCAAUCAACAAUGUGUAUACAGAUGUCAAUGUCAUUUGCAUCAACUCAUGUAUAAAAGCUGGACAUUAGCUUAUAAUAUUAAAUAUUUUUUACAGCAGCUGUUGCCUCUGCACAUUGUCUUGCAUAGAGAAAAAGAAGGAUGAAGGUUACGGUUUGUUUAGUCGCCUGUUUGUUGUUAGUGUUCAUUGAAGUGACCAUUGCAAAUAACGAAAUGGUGGAGGAAAAUGAAAUGACCCACAACCUUGUGAAACGAGCUGCACCAUGCGGGAGCAAUGGAGAUAACUGCCAGUAUACAAAAUGUUGUAGCAACUUUAACUGUGUAAAAGGGAGAUGCAGGCCUCAAAGUUGUAAAAGAUCAUGCAAAAACAAUCGUCAAUGCUGUACUAAUUGGGGCUGUAUUUACGGAUCCUGCAAGCAAUGUCGAGGAAGGACAUGUAAAGGAAACAAUGACUGUUGUAAUGGUUAUAAAUGCGCUUACAAGAGAUGCCAAAAAAAAUAAUUGCGUGCCAAGUACACCAUUCAGCAAGCGUUAUGCGACAACACCAAAUACUUCCGCUUUUAAUAUCAUGCAUGGAGAACGUUUAAAAAUAAAUA